AUGACUUCAGAAGGAGCCUCUCCUUCGCUGCUCCCAGAUAGAAUCCUGAACAUGGGUGUGUCUGACUCACCUUUCAGGUUUAUGCCCCUCCUCAUUCCCCAGCCUGUCCAGCAGCCACCCUGGAAAAUGAUGCAGUUGACCCCACUGGAGACCUCGGUCCCUCAUUAUGGCAGCCCUCUGGUGUUGUCACCUUUGCCCACGAGGCCCCUAGUGACAGGAGCUGCAGGCCAUGGCCCCAGAAACCCUGAGCCUGGCAAGGAGGUCAUCAUACAGACUAUACCUGAAUUGGAGCUUAUGUCAUCAGCCCAGAAACAACAUGUAAUUCUAACAAAGGCUACACAAAACUGGGGUGCUACAGAGCCUCUACCAGGCGCUGCUUGUUAUCCUGCAUCCCUGGUCUUAACAUACACUUUGAAGAAAACCUCAAUGCCCACCACAGCCUCUAGUGUCAGCCAGGCUGCCCAAGGGGGGUGGGGUCCUCAAGCUGCACCUCCAGUGCUUCAAGUGGGCCACAUUGUCCUCCCAUCCAAAGGUGGGCCCCAGAAUCUGUGGAUACCAGAGAACAUUGGAAUGGCCCCUGCCCAGAACAAAGGCCCCCUUGAGGAACCCUGCAGCCCUCCAAGUGUAUACCAGAACUUCAGGCGCUGGCAGUGCUACAAGCCCCUGGCCCAACCCUACAUACCUCAGACGCCAGACAUGGAAGCCCUUGCCUGCUUUCUCAUACCAGUCCUGCGCUCGCUGGCCCGCUUGAGGCCCACCAUGACCCUAGAGGAAGGCAUAGGAAGGGCCAUGUGGGAGUGGCAGCAAACCAACAACUAUGAGCACAUGGUUUUCUACGACAUGGCUGCAAAGUUCAUGGAGUUUGAGGCAGAGGAGGAGAUGCAGGCACUCAAGCUGCAGUGUAAGAAUGGGGCCCAGGGCCUGCCGGCCCCAAACAACACAAAGCCUGAGUCUCAGGAGGCUCUGGCCCCAGCGAUGGGCCAGCAACCAGCCUGUGUCCGCAAGAAUGCUGGUCUCCAGGCCCUGGCAGCUUACUCCAAAACAAAGAAAGUUCACCGGCUCCCCAGGACCCAGGACCCUUUUGAGGACCCCCCUGAUCCUGUGCAGGGGUACCUGGAUAUGAUGGACGAGCUCCUGAAGGCCCCAACACAGGAGGUGGCAGGGAAGGAGAAGGAGCAGGACCAGGAGGAUGAGCCCUGGUCUGACCCGGAUUUGCUGAGCUACCUGGACAAACUGUGCUCCCAGGAGGAUUUUGUCACCAAGGUGGAGGCAAUCAUUCACCCCCAGUUCCAGGCAUAUCUGCUCUCCCAAGAUCCCCAGUUACAUUUCUCAGCCCUAGAAGAGAAGCUGGAAGAGGUGGCAGGACUGACGCCCUCACAGCUGGUGGAAAAACGGCUGCUGGGCCCCAAGGACAAUGGGGCCAAGAAAACUGGUCCCCCACACCAUGUGACCUUCAAGAAAACGAGGUUUCCUGAUAGUGUAGCUGGCUCCGGCACCCCAACACCCACUCAGGGCCACAGGCCUGGCUCCAGCACUGCAGCCUGCACCUCCAAGACUGACUGUGGAUGCGCAUCAAGACCUGAACUAGCAGAGACCCCUGUGCUGGGACCUGAAGCCUCUGCGCUCGACCAAAGCACCUGUCCAAACCUUUUUCUCCCUACGGUGGACAACAAGGCCACUUUCAUUCUGGGACAGGCCCCCCCUAGUGGGGAGAUGCCUGGGCCAACAGAGCAAUCCAAUGAGAAGGAGGAGGAGCUGUCCAGCCUGGCCUUCCUCCAGACAUCUCAGCCCAGCCUGCUGCCAUGGGGUUUGUCAGAGAGUUCUAGAAGUGGAGGCUUGGACUUUCUCUUUCGCAUCUUCUGA